AUGUCAGCUCAAGGUGAAGAAGAGUUAUUGGAUUACUCUGAUUCUGAGGAGAUUAACGUGGCUCCAACCACCACCCAGACCUCCGAUGAAACUAAAAAGGAGGGAGAAACCGACAAGAAAGGUUCCUAUGUUGGUGUUCACACCACCGGUUUCAGGGACUUCUUGUUGAAGCCGGAGUUGCUUAGAGCAAUUGCAGACUGUGGUUUCGAACAUCCUUCGGAAGUCCAACAGGCAUGCAUUCCACAAGCAAUUUUGGGAAAUGAUGUGUUGUGCCAGGCCAAAUCCGGUUUGGGUAAGACGGCUGUUUUCGUUCUUUCGACAUUGCAGCAGUUGGACCCAACACCAGGUGAAAUUUCGACCGUUGUUAUCUGCCACACAAGAGAGUUGGCAUACCAGAUUAGAAAUGAGUAUGUUAGAUUCUCUAAAUAUAUGCCAGACGUUAGGACCGCUGUGUUCUACGGUGGUAUCUCUAUUAAUAAGGAUGAAGAGCUUUUGAAAAACAAAGAUACUUGCCCACAUAUUGUUGUUGGAACUCCUGGUAGAUUGACCGCCUUGGUUAGAGAGAAGGCAAUUAGACUUAACAACGUCAAGAACUUUGUCAUCGAUGAAUGUGAUAGAGUUUUGGAGCAGAUCUCUAUGAGAAGAGAUGUCCAGGAUAUUUUCAGAGCUACACCUUAUCAAAAGCAAGUCAUGAUGUUCUCGGCCACCUUACCAACUGAAAUGAGACCGGUGUGUAAAAAGUUCAUGAAGAACCCACUUGAGAUUUACGUUGAUGACGAGAAGAAGUUGACUUUGCACGGUUUGCAGCAGUAUUACAUCAAGCUGCCUGAAGAGAAGAAGAAUGUAAAGUUGGCAGAGCUGUUGGAUUCUUUGGAAUUUAACCAAGUGAUUAUUUUCGUUAAAUCCACCAGGAGAGCAGAUGCUUUGAACAAGCUUCUAUGCGAUUCUAACUUCCCAUCAAUCUGCGUGCAUUCAGGUAUGCCUCAAGAGGAGAGAAUUGCCAGAUACAAGUCUUUCAAGGAAUACAACAAGCGUAUCUGUGUUUCGACCGAUGUCUUUGGCAGAGGUAUUGAUAUUGAAAGAAUUAAUGUCGCUAUCAAUUACGAUAUGCCAAAGGAGGCCGACCAGUACUUGCACAGGGUUGGUAGAGCUGGUAGAUUUGGUACCAAGGGAUUGUCUGUCUCGUUUGUUUCAAGUAAGGAUGAUGAAGAAUUGUUGGACCAGAUCCAGCAAAGAUUUGAGGUUAAAAUGCAGGAAUUCCCUGCAGACGGAAUUGACCCAUCCACCUACAUGAACACUUGA